GGUUAGUCCCGCCCUCUGUAGCCGUGGAAGUGAAGAGUCUCGUCAAGAGUCAGUGGCUGCAGGUUGAGCUUCCGUGAAAAAGCCGGUGAAUAGAGGAAAACUGCAGGAAAGAUACAGUUCAAUCUGUGCAUCUGUGGACAGUCUUUACUUUUUCCUCCCACAUCAACAUGAGCGAUCCGUGGCAGGAGUGCAUGGACUUCUGUGUGGAAGUCACCAGACAGGCUGGCAAGGUGAUCCGUGAGGCGCUGCAAAAAGACAUUGCCAUCAUGCAGAAGAGCUCUCCAGUGGAUCUGGUGACCGAAACAGACCAGCGGGUGGAACAUCUCAUCAUAUCCUCAAUCAAGGAGAAGUACCCCACACACAGCUUCAUAGGGGAGGAGUCGGUGGCAGCAGGCGCCCCCAGUAUCCUGAGUGACAAUCCUACCUGGAUCAUCGAUCCUAUCGAUGGGACUACCAACUUUGUUCACAGGUUCCCUUUUGUGUCUGUAUCAGUUGGCUUCACUGUGAAGAAAGAGAUAGAGUUUGGCAUUGUCUACAGCUGCAUUGAGGACAAAAUGUAUACAGCACGGAAAGGGAAAGGAGCGUUCUGCAAUGGAGUCCCCAUCAAAGUGUCUGGACAAGAAGAUAUCACAAAGUCCUUGGUACUAACAGAAAUGGGCUUCAAGAAUGAUCCUGAGCACUUCAGAAUAAUGAUGGCUAACAUGAAGACAAUCCUCAGCAUCCCCGUACAUGGUAUCCGAUCCCCAGGCAGCGCGGCAGUAAACAUGUGUUUGGUGGCGUGCGGAGCAGCUGAUGCCUACUAUCACAUGGGUAUCCACUGCUGGGACAUGGCUGGAGGCGCAGCGAUCAUCACUGAAGCCGGAGGAGUUAUUAUGGACAUUUCAGGAGGAUCUUUUGAUCUGAUGUCUCGGAGGCUGGUCGUAGCCAGCAGCAGAGCAAUAGCAGAACGCAUCGCCAAGGAGAUAACAGAGUUCCCGUGUGGAAGGGACGACGCAGAGGACUAGCACACCUUCCUGCCAGUCUCAUCCGCCCACGCAUGUGCACACACGAGCACACACGUUUAGCCGUUUGACUUUAAACAGGUCAGGAUAUCUGUCUUUGCCUUAAGAACCAGAAUGAUAUACUUACCUCUGAAAAAACACCUCAGUGGAUUUGUGAAAACCCUCAGUGUUAACGCUUUUAGUGUUCUUCCUCUUCGCAUUCGUCGUCGUGCAUCUUAACUGAGACACUCAAGGGUUGUGCUAUUUUAUUCCUUCUUUCAUUUUAUUAUUUUUUUAUUAUUGUUAUUUGAACAAUGCAGCCAGAAUCUGAUCAUGGAAUUUGAUCAGUGUAGUCCAUUACAGUUCAUAUUACACAAUAGACGUCAAGUAAUUACUGCAGUUUUUGUAGGAGCAAUCUUAAGGAGAUAAUCAAAAUACUUAACUUUAAAAACAUUGCACUUUAUGUUUAUUUAUUUCAGUACAUCCUCAUCUUUAUUUAUUCAGGGAGUGUCAGUCGAGAGCAAGGUAUCUUUUUUCAGUGACGUCCUGAUUAUAGCAAUUCUAACAAUGAAGAAAUACUAAAGUUUGACCAGUAAUUUUGUUUUCCUAAAGGGAUUUUGGUACUGUAUUGUUUAGUAAAAUUAUUAAAUUUAUUGUAUUACUUGUAGGUAAAUUCUAUUACAUAGUUUGCACUGACAUUAAUACAAACAAAUAUGUACUCUGUAUAACUGCUUUUAUCUCUGUGUAUUAUUUAUUUCAUUGACACUGUUUAGAAAAGUUCAUGUGGUCUGCUUCUGUGUUUUUUUUGCUUGCUUUUAGUGGAGAUGUAAAGAGGUCAGUAAACAAAUAAAUAUCUUCCAGCUAGUGUCCCUUAACUUA